AUGAGUUUCCGACCUUCUGACGCGUCUUUCAAUUCGACAGCAUUAAUUGUUGGUCUUGUUGUUACAGCAAUGGUGCUGCUUGCACUUGGAGGAUGGUUUAUGUGUAGACGUCACAAACGAAUUAAUGGACAUCGCGAUAGCCACAGUCAGAGUACCGAGUAUAUGGAUUUCAUGCUAACACCUGAUCUAAUGGCAAUUGUAGCUGAUGGUAGUCGUCGACGACCGUCUAGCUCCGCAACUUUUAGCGGCAAGUGGUUGAAUCAUUUGCCACGGAUCGCUAGUGUACCAUCCAUCGAGUUUUUUGAAAAUCUCAGCUUCAGAGUAGGACGGACUUCUAGUAAUGCUGCCACGACAAGAGCCACGUCGUUAUCACCUCGAGCUCUGAAGAAAUGUGACUCAAGUGACACGUUGGCAUGCAAUGCAUUGGCACUUGAACAGAAUCGUCUCCCACCGCACUGUGUUGUUGAUGGCGAGUUACUACAUAAAGGGUCUUUUACCUUGGCUAUUCGUGCUACGCUUAAGAUUGAAGGUCAAGCGAACCGUCAAGUGGUUGUCCGACGACUGCUUCCAGAGCUUGCAGAGCAGCAGUCGUAUCGUCAGGCCUUUUUGGAAGAUAUCUCACUUUCUAUUACACUAUUACAUCCUCAAAUUGUAGCUUUUAUUGGAUUCUACGACUCUGCACAGCGUGUUUACGAUCUUGAUUCGCCAACUUCACCGUCUCAUUUGGUGGAAGCAGCAGCUCAACCUUCAGCAGUGACGGAAUAUAUGCCGAAUGGUAAUCUACGAGCGCUACUCUCACUACGACCACGCAACGCACAAGAAUUUGGAUGGUUUCACUCUAUCUCCAUGCCGAAGACGAAAGCACAUCUUGCGCUCGAUAUCGUUGAUGCACUUGUGUAUUUGCACUCUCGAUCUGCUGACGUCAAUACGUCGCUCCACCCUCCGCAACUUAAGGCACAACGCGUACUAUUAUCUGAGCAUUGUGAUGCAAAACUUUGCGCUUUUGGAGUUAAUCGCACAGUGGGAGUCCAGGCCAUGUACACUCAAAGCGACUUUUCCGUUGCUUGGUUAGCGCCUGAGUUGCUACGAGGUGAACGUCGAAGUGAACAAGCUGAUGUCUAUUCGCUUGGUGUUUUACUUACUGAACUUGACACCUGUGAGCUUCCAUUCGCUGCUGGAGUUGACUUGGAUAAUGAUUUGGACGAACAAAGUCAAUUGGCUCUACUCAUUAGCUCUGGUUGCGUUCGUCCCGCUUUGUCAAUGGAUUGUCCCGUUCAGAUUCAGGAUCUCGUCAUGCGUUGUUUAAGCUUCUCACCUCUACAACGUCCACCUGCAAUCGAAGUACAACACACGCUACGAAAGCUUAUAAACGGUACAAGUAUUUGCGAUGCAUCGUUUGCCUCCCUUUCAUCCAACGUAUCAUCACUUCAAAGUACACCUAGGGCCGUUACUGCAACCCUCUUGACGCCGUGA